GUGGGGGGGUGGCGGGGGGGGGGGGCGGGGGCGGGGUCGGCGGAGCGAUCAUGUAGAAGGUGGAUUGAAAAAUGUUUUCUAAAAGAGACCUGAUGUGGGGGGGGGUACGAGAUUGUUUUGAGAGUUAGGAAGCAAAAAAACGAAAAAAUGUUGGGAUUUUGCUGGGAAAAAAAGAAAAUUUUUCAACAUUGGGGGGGGUAACACCCCCGAUCGGGACACCCCUGGGAAUAUGGCACCCUGACAGCUGUUAAGUCAUCAAAGUCUAUAGUUUGUAGAAUGAGACUUAAUCACAGGUGGUCGAAGACAAAAAUCAACGCAACAACUUUUUUUGUAUUUAGGGUUACCAUCUCUGCAGAGCGAUUUUUAAAAGGAAGCAGACACAUUGUGUUUAAAGGCCAAAUACUAUCUCUUGGUGAAGAUUCGACGCGAGCUAUUUCAUAAAGUGCUUACGUGAAUGGUUUACACGAAAAUGGGAAUAGGGUACAUAGAAGCGACGAGUCAGGAGUGGCACCCCGAAGGGGCACUGACGAUCGACGAGGAGCUGCUUUCAUUCCUUUGGGUAAGAGACGUUUAUAUAGGAAGAUCCACGCAGUAUUUCAUUCUCUCAUUGAGGGUAUUCAAAAGAAAAUGUAUAGAAUUUGUAUCAUCCCUGUGUUUGUUCAGUAAAUCAGGAACUAAUGAACAUUUUUGACCGAAAAGAGAAAUAGAAAACAUUCUAUGAGUCGGAACUGUCAUUGCAGCUUUAUUUUGAAAUAAAGUUGCAGAAAUCAAAGUGAGUCAGAUGUUUACUCGCUGGUAUCCUUAUAGUAUGACCAGGCCUUCUAGUAGCGAGAAUGAACAUAGUAUUUUUGAGUCCCUCAAAAGUGUAGUAUGUUUGGAAAUGAAGGUAAGUCGCUAGUGAUCAAAACGUUUGCAAAUGAGUCUCGGCUCUGAACUGAAUUUUAUUGAUAGCUGUUGGUCACGUUUUGUGCGAUAUGGCUUUUGAUUUCAACCUCCCGUCAUAAUUAUCCAUCAAUGUAAUUAUCUCGAAACUUCAUCCAGACUCAUUGCGACCAAUAUCAGUCUCAUUGUUAGUGUCACUAUCGAAUAAUUUGAAAUCAAGAAUUGGAACAAGUACAUUCUAGUUUGCACCAAUUGAUUUUUUUAUAAGAUCUUUUUAUAAGCGUCUAUGUUGUUCUAGACUAGCUCCUAAAGAAAAUCGAAAAGUGUUUUCAAACUUUUAGAUUGCGUUGUUCUCACAGUUAGAAGCGAAGAUCUUAGUAGUUCUCUAUAAGAUGUCAUUCAUAGAUACACGCAGGGAUCAAAUAAGAGCGACGAGUCGGGAGUGACGCCGACGACCGACGAGGAGCUGCUUUGGUACCUUCAAAUGAAGGGCGUUUUUACAGGAGGUCUCGGUUGAAAUGUUUGAUGUUCUCCUUGAGUGGCCGACUACGAUAACAAGAAUUCAAAAAAUAUCACUCGAUCAAGUGCACAAUUUUGUUUUUGAGAGUAUUAUGUUAUUGUCUCUAUUCGCUGCUUUUAGGAUUGAGUCAAGCGAGGCCCAAUGGCCGACGCGUUACUUGUAUUAUAAUGUUGCAUAUGGAUGAAAUGAUUAAAUUAACAUUAGAAUAUGUUUCAACUGAAAUUUUUACUCAAGAACAAAUUAUUCAAAUAGAACUUGAUCAUCAAACAAUUCAUGCAAUAUACAAAUUUAUUAUUAAAUAAAACUCAAGAUAUAAUAAAUAAAAUAAAAAAUGUUAAAUUAAUUGUUUUUCAUCAUAUUAGUUCAAACACCAACAAUAUUAUUUCAUAUUGAAACAAUGAUUAUAUAUUUUCGUAGUAUAAAUAUUUUAAUAGUUAUUGAUGGUGCAUAUGCUGUUCGAGGUAUUCAACUUAAUUUAACUAAAUUAGAUCCCGAUUUUUAUUUAUCAAAUACACAUAAAGGGUUAUAUUAUCAUCGACGUGCUUCUAUUCAAGCUAGUGAUUUAAUUGCUAAAAUGUGGAAUAGUUCAACAUUAACAUCAAAUCAGAAAUUUAUAAGCACCACAACGACUACUACGACUAAAACGACAACAACAACAACCACAACAACAACAACGACAACGACAACAACAACAACUACAACAACAACGACUACUACGACUAAAACGACAACAACAACAACAACAACCACAAUAACAACAACAACAACAACAACAACAACAACAACAACAACAACAACAACCACAACCACAACCACAACAACAACUACAGCAACAACAACAACAACAACAACAACCACAACAACCACAACAACAACUACAACAACAACAACAACAACAACUACCACCAGUAAGUAA